UUAUUGCCAAAUUCUCAUUUAUUUACACAGUUGGUAAUAAAUAUAAAUUAUGUUUACAUUUACUUAUUAUGUCUCGGUUUUAACUGUAAUAAUUGGAGGAUCGGCUCAAUUUUAUACAUAUGAUGUCAUUAAUCCAGCUCAGACUACGCUCAUAAAAUGGCUGAAUCAAACAUAUUCUUCGCGCGGUGAGUUAAAGACUGAAGCAGAGUUGAAUAUGGUAUGGUCAAUGAUUGUUUCAUGCGUUGCCAUUGGUGCUAUUUUUGGUGCGCUUUCUACAAAGCCAUUGUCAGAAAGAUUAGGACGCAGAAACGGAUUAAUAUUUAAUGGAAUUUUUAAUGUGAUCGGUGCUUUUUUGGAAUAUCUUGCCAAACCAUUAUCAUCUCCAGAGAUUCUCGUUAUUGGUCGAAUAAUACUUGGGGUGAAUAUGGGUCUUACAUCUGGUCUCGUUCCAAUGUAUUUAAUGGAGAUAACCCCAACGAAAUAUCGAGGAUCUGCGGGCACGUGCCAUAUGGUAUUUGGUGGAGACGAAACAUGGCCUAUAGCUUUUGGAUUUCCAGGCAUACCUGCCUUUUUGCUCUGCUGUAUUUUGCCAUUUUGCCCAGAAAGUCCAAAGGUUUGA